GACUGAGCAGCACUGAGCAGUAUGGCGGUGGUGUUCGGCGUGCGCGGUGGAACUUGGCUGGUCAGUGUUGCAUAAUCGGCGGGGUAACCAGCUGCGAUCUCGCGAAGGGAUCGAGCGAAGCGAAGGCGAAGCGAGAGAAGGAAGCCGCGCGAAGCGAGGCAAUCUCGGCGACGAGAGUGACGCUACAACAGCCCGACGACAGUGCCUCCCGCGGACCAAGAGAUAUGCCGCAGAGUGGAGGCGCGUGUUGCUAGCGCUGGCAAGGAUGCGGAAUCGUGCGUCGCGAAUCACGGAUCGGUGACAACGAACGGCGAGGAUCGGUCGCGGCCGCGGCCGCGGCAGCACGGCGACAGCGUGCCACCGGUCAGCAUGACGGCGGCGAUCAAGGGCAGCGCCACGCCGGGCGCUCCGCGCCAGCUCAACGUCUUGAGCCACUUGAAGUACGAGUACCUAGUCGCGGGCAUCUCGGGCGGCGUCGUCUCGACCCUGAUGCUGCACCCGCUGGACCUGAUCAAGAUCCGUUUCGCAGUAAACGAUGGUCAAGCGAGCACGGCACCGCGAUACAAUAGUCUUAGGAAUGCUAUCGCACAGAUCGUUAAGACCGAGGGUCUGCGUGGACUCUAUAGGGGUGUAACGCCGAACAUUCUAGGAUCGGGCAGUUCGUGGGGAUUCUAUUUCUUCUUCUAUAACACGAUAAAGACUUCGAUCCAAGGUGGCAAUUCGAAGAAACCUCUCGGACCGUCCAUGCACAUGUUCGCUGCCGCCGAUGCCGGAGUGCUUACUUUGCUCAUGACCAACCCAAUCUGGGUGGUAAAGACGCGGCUGUGCUUACAAUAUGCUGACGAUGUGAAGCUGGCGGAGUCCAAGAAGUAUCGUGGCAUGAUUGAUGCUUUAAAGAAGAUCUACAAGACGGAGGGUAUUAGAGGCUUAUAUAAGGGUUUAGUUCCUGGAUUAUUUGGUGUUUCACACGGUGCGAUACAAUUCAUGGCGUACGAAGAGAUGAAAAAUGAAUAUUAUGAUUACCUGAAUGUACCCAUCGACACGAAAUUGAGUACAUCCGAAUACAUCGUCUUCGCGGCGAUGUCAAAGCUGAUCGCUGCAGCGUCGACGUAUCCUUACCAAGUGGUGAGGGCACGACUUCAGGAUCAUCAUCACGAUUAUCGGGGUACCUGGCAUUGCGUUCAAUGCACAUGGAGGUAUGAGGGUUGGCGUGGCUUUUACAAGGGUUUAAGCGUAAACCUCACCAGAGUGACCCCGGCGACAGUUAUCACGUUUGUGGUCUACGAAAAUAUGUUUCAUUAUCUGCAAUCCAGGCGUACCGCCGUGGAAGAAACGAUCGCUGUGCCUGCGGUUAGCAAACUGAAGGAGUAAGGUAAACCAAGGAGAUCCCUCGGAGCUUUACCGAAACACACGUGUAAUCCAGUUGUACUUUGAGUCGUACGAAUUAUAUUUCUGAUGACAUAUGGACCGAAACGAGUGAAUCGUCGUAAUUACGAUAAAAUUCUACUGUGAAGAAAAGGCUUAAGACACAAGCUUAAAAAAAUAAUUAUUUAAAUUUCUUAUAAUUCACACUAUGUACAGCAUAAAAUUUGAAGUUGAUAUAAAAAAGGCUGCAAGCAUUAGAAAUAAUUUUAAGAGAGGCUCAUUAUUUGUUUAGUUACUAUUUUGGGAAAAAGUGAAUAACGAAUACUUUUCACAUUGAUUUUAAGUCUCGUCGAUAUUUUUAAAAAUGUCAUCCGUAGUCCUUUUCUGAACGCUGUUGGUCAUUUCAUUCUGUAGUUAUAAGUGUCUUCAAAUCUUGUAUAGAUUUUCCAUCGAUGGAAGAAUAUCGUAAUAAAAAAAGCUUUAAUAGAUUAGAGGAUUUCUAAUGUAAUAGUGGUCUGUGUAAAUCUUUAUCGGAUAAAAUAAAAAUUGAAUGACUGAAGAGUGCAAA